CAUUGGUGAAAGUAAAUGAUUCAUCAGCCAGUUUAAAAUGUUCCAUUUGUGCAAGGCUUUCCUGUUUCUUUGGGGAGUAAGAGGGAUCAUAACCACAGUCACAAGACUGAUCUCACUGUCAGAGACAGCUGCCCUCAACAGUUGCUAUAUUCCAUCAAAGAUGAAGAUCGUUGUCUUCUUGGUGUUCAUGUUAGAUGUUUCUCUAUCGGAGAGUCUGGUGAGUGUGAGGACUGAGAUGCAUGGACUGUUUAGGUUGACGCUGCAGUACCAUGUUGCCUACAACAACCAUGUAAAGACCUGCUGUAAAUUCUCUACAUAUGGUUGUUCUGAACUGAUGGAUAGUACCGGAGCUGUUCUUGAUCGUCUCAGGUCCAGAACAAACUUCUACAAGUACAAUGGUGGCUUCGUAUUUACGAUAUCGAACGCAAAGCUGGAGGAUGCUGGAGUAUACAGAUGCAGUAUUCUAGAUUACCCCCAACACUUUGUUGAUUUUAAAGUGGAAAUUCAAGAGGUGAACCGUGUUGUACCUCCACCUCCAAUCAAGUCCACCCUCACACCCUCCACUGGCACCUCCAAGCAUGUCUUGUUUAAAAAUCUGAACAACCGUUCCAGUGUUUCUGUAGGUCUGUCUGUUCCCAUGGCUGCAGCUCUGGGCACUAUCCUGCUCAUCAUCCUGCUCACCGUCAGCACAGCAGCCAUUGUUUUGAUCCGUCGCAGAGUAAAGGCAACAACAGACAAUACUGGAGCAGCUACAUGUGACUCACCCCACCACAAGGUUGAUGCAAGUUCUAAAUCUGGACAACCCUUCUGUGACUCACUGUCAACUGGGGUGGAAGAGGUUGCCUAAACAAAAGCCUACUGUAUCUGUAUUUCAGAGCUGAACAGUGUAAUUUACACCAUGGUGGACUUCAAACCUCAUAAGGAGGAAGUGCUAUAUGCUAACCUGCGUACUCAUAGACCCAGAGCCCAGGACCCAGACCCAGCCUUUCCCACACAGCACCCAGGCUCUGUGGAGUACUCCAUGCUGGCUAUGGGCCACUCUACCUAGCACUCAUGUAGGAAAGGAUUCCUUAUCUGUUUGUGGACCUACUGUAUAUUUCCCUGAUGAUCAUUCCUGAAGUAUUGUCUGUGAACUCUAUGUGCCAACAAUAUAGGUGUUUGUUUUGAUUCAGCACACACAUUUUGUGUGAAAUUAUUUGAGGUGGUAUUUUUCUCAG